AUGGCGGAUGUGGAGGCAACCAAAUCGUUGAACGGUCUGCUGAAUGGAUUAGCUCAAAUGGUGUAUUACAAUAAAAGCGAAAUUACAGAAGACCUGCUGAAAAAUGAGCUGUACCCGGAAAUGGCGCCGGAGGAAUUCAAGGCAUUGUACGAAAAAAUGAAAGGACUCGUAAAGUCCAUUGCCACAGCCGACAUGGACCAUGCCCAGCUGGAGGCCUUCCUCACAGCCCAGACCAAGAGGCAGGGUGGCAGCGGGCUGAGUGCUGAGCAGGCUGCCGCCCUCUCCCGCUUCUGGAAGAGCCAGCGAGUGCGGGUGAGGGAGAGCUUGCUGGCUCAGUGUCGCUGGGAACCCACGCUCAGAGGUCUCUCCUGGAGAGUGGACCUGCAAACUGGUGACAGCUCUGGGAACGCUGACCACAGGGGGCCCGUCGCCCUGAUGGAGCUGGAGCUCGGCAGAUCUGGGCAGGACUCUGAGUUUGUGUGUCUGGAGUUUGACGAAACCAAGGUGAACCAGGUGCUGAAGAAGAUGGCUGACAUCCAGGAGAGCAUAGACAGAAUAGUUCACAGCACAUGAACCCCGAGAGAGACUGUCAGAGAACACUGGACCUCUGGAUAAGUUUAGCUGGGUCUUCUGGCCAGAAUAGUGGUUUUACACUAGCCUGGGAGACCUUAAGAAAGCAGUUAUUGUUUUCACUGGAAGAUUACCAGCAAGUAAUGGACCAAACCUGAAGUAAACCCGGUUUAAUAAUAAUCUAAAGGGUAUUUGGGCUGUGGUUGUCUAUAUAUAUAUAUAUAUAUAUAUAUAUAUAUAUAUAUAUAUAUAUAUAUAUUUCUCUGCCAGCUACAGGAAGUGUUGAGGGAAUCCUAUAUCCCUGCUUUGAAUUUCUUACCACAUAUUUGACUAUGGACUUCUGUACUUUUGAAUGAGGCAAAUCUAACAAUCCAGGUGAUAUAAUGUAAAUUAUGUGUGUCUUCUGUCAGAAUGCAAGUAACAUUUCCUCAAUAAAAAAUGCCAUUGUCCAUUCAGGUCUUAGGUCUGGUGCUUACCGGUGUGGGAAAUGUAUGAUUUGUU